UGCGCCACUGGAAUAUUCGAGUACCAGACACGAGCUGAGAGCUACUGCUGAUGUUACGGUAGUGUCCUCACCGGAGCGCUGCAGAGAGACUCGACAGAGAGACUCGACAGCGCAAGUGUGUUCAGGUUUGCAGCCAGAGGAGAAACAAGACGUUCGUUUGGACCUAUUUUAAAUGUAUUUAGCUGACGUUAGUAGUUAUAAUAUCCUUUGCUUGUUUGACUAAGGGUUUUGCAUGCUUUUGUAGUUAGUACAUAUUUUGCGAUUCGGUUGCUGCAGUCUCCAUCAGCGUCUUACUCAGCAUUUACGCGCACGCUGUAAUACUCUUAACUCGUUACAUAAGGCUUUAGAGUUAAACGUGGACAUCGCCGUGUCUUUGGGUCGCCAAACACCACCACUGAAAUCAAGCCGUUAAUUAUUUUGUAAGUCAGACAUAGCUGGUGUUCAUGCCCGAUCUGCAGCGCUUCAGUUUUCCGCUCCGUAGCAUGAAUUCUCCUCUCCAUCAGCAUCAUCAGCAGCAGCACCAACAGCACCAGAAUCCAGAAGGCCCCGGUCAUCCCGAUUCUCCAUCCGGUUUGCUCCCCGAGGCUGCUGUCCUCGGAGUUCCUGAUCCAUCCUCGUUUUUCCUCGGAGAACAUCCUGGAACACAAACCGCAUUUGACCUUACAGCAUCCUCUUAUCUGCACUUCAGUCCAUCGCUCCACUGGUCCCAACCUCCUCCACCUACAGCCAUGGCACUGAGGAACGACCUGGGAUCCAAUAUAAGCGUCCUGAAGACCCUCAAUCUGCGGUUCCGAUGCUUUCUGGCUAAAGUGCAUGAACUGGAGAGACGCAAUAAGAUACUGGAGUUACAGCUUCAGCAGGCUUUAGACAGCAAUAAUACGGGUGGAUGCACGGAGAACAGAAACACCAAAGAGAUUGGUGUGCAGACUGGGUUAAUUGGGCCUCUCGCUGUCCGGCCUGGGUCUUUGUCCUUUCAAAACACCAAUAACUCUGCUAAACGACCCACUACAUUGUUAAUGCCUUCUCUUACGACCGUCCUCAAGCUUGAGCCAAAUAAAGCUGACGGUGAGAGCACAACUGACCCAAACACUAAUAGAAACCCAGCCAUCACGGUAAGUCUUGCAACACCCACCACCGAACCCGCCUCGGCCAACACCAACAACUCCAAUAAUGCUCUGCAUGUGAGCAGCGUUGGCACCGGGACGUCUCCCAACCUUCCACCUCGCUUCCUGCCGGGAACUAUCUGGUCCUACAAUCAGACCCGUAAACUGGGAAGCGGUUCAGAGACUCGGGUCACCAGUCCUGGAGUGUCAUGGGUCCACCCGGAUGGCGUGGGUGUCCAGAUAGACACCAUCACCCCAGAGAUCAGAGCACUUUACAACGUCCUGGCCAAAAUCAAAAGGGAGCGGGAUGAGUAUAAGCGAAGAUGGGAAGAGGAAUACACCAUGAGAAUGGACAUGGAACAGAGAAUGAAUGAUCUACAGGAGGACCUACAGGAGAGUGAGGUGUGUCAGGAUGAGCUGGCCCUCAAGGUGCAACAGCUGAAAGCUGAACUUGUGCUCUUUAAAGGACUCAUGAGUAAUAACCUGUCAGAGCUGGACAGUAAGAUCCAGGAGAAGGCCAUGAAAGUGGACAUGGACAUCUGCAGACGCAUUGACAUCACGGCUCGCCUGUGUGAUGUUGCACAACAAAGAAACUUUGAAGAUCCAAUCAAGAUCUUUAAGGUUCCCAGCCCUCAGAACGCCAUCACCUCUCGUGCCCGUAAACAAGCCUCACAACCUGCUAAUGGCAGCGAGACAGAUGAGCCGGUCAGCACGUCUGAGAGCAAUGGAGGUGGUGCUCGAGAGGAUGAAGUGUGCACCCCUUCAACUCUCCAGAUCAAUGAAGAGAUGCAGAGAAUGUUGACCCAACUGCGUGAGUGUGAGUUUGAGGAUGACUGUGACUCUCUGGCUUGGGAAGAGACAGAGGAAACACUCCUUCUGUGGGAGGAUUUCCCAGGAUGCACUUUAACAGCAGACACCAGUCAGGGGGAGGAGGAGUGCUUGGAAAAGGUGAUUAAGGACACUGAAUGUCUUUUUAAGUCCAGGGAGAAGGAAUAUCAGGAGACUAUAGACCAGAUAGAGAUGGAACUGGCCACAGCAAAGUCAGACAUGAACCGUCAUCUUCAUGAGUACAUGGAGAUGUGCAGUAUGAAGAGAGGACUGGAUGUGCAGAUGGAAACCUGCAGGAGACUCAUCACUCAGAGUGGAAACAAUAAAUCCACUUCUUCUAUACCUGGAGGUGGUACAGAUGCAAACGGAGAAACAGAGAGGGAUAAAACCGAGGGAGGAGGAAGAUAAUGAUGCCAUCAUUGUUUGUAGGAAGAAGAAAAAGUGCCCCUCAUCUCUUCAUGGCUGCCUUCAUCAGCACUUCUCAUGUUUUUCGCAGUCUAUCCAGUCACUGCCUCUAGUGGCAGUAAAUGGAAUUACAAUGUAUGUGCUCAGUGCCCAAAAGUGAACAAAUACUGUUACAUUUUUCCCCUAUGGUUGUGCAGAGCAGCUUUACUGUUUUCACACCUACAUAAUCUUAAAAGACGAGAGUCCUGACAACAUUCAUUGAGCCAAUCCACCGGCAGGUAUCGAUCAUGUUUUCCGAUCCGAUGGCCAAAUGUCUGAGUCAUCGUAUUUUCAGAAUUGAAUAGAGAAUAGGUAGAGAAUCACUGACAGUGUUUUCGCAAAGUUUCCAUUUCCUAGAGACUCCAAGGGGACAUUUGCUCUCUUAUAGUUGCCGCAUGUACCAUUACGUGCCGAUGUAAGCCGUGGGUCAGUAGGUGUGUUGUGCUUCCUGUCUGAGCUGUUGUAAAUACUAUGCUGUUAAUGCUAAUGAAGCAUUGAGGUAAAUGUAGCCUGCACAUCCCCCAUCUUUGUGCUCAAAUUCACACAAAACAUAUGACAUUUCAUUCUAACGGUAUGUGCUUGGUAGUCUCGGUUGUAUUUGUGCUUAGAAUAAUGAACGCUUUGACUUCCUCUUUUGCGGGUGGAAAACAUGAGUGAUGGGUGAGGUCAGAUGAGUGAGAUUUGAGGAUGUUAUGGCUCAGAGUAGAUGUCAGAGCGUUAACUUCUGUUAUUUCCUUUUUACUUCUCCCCUCCUUUUGCUUCUUUGAGAUCAGCGAUAUUGAGUCUAUAUUUCAUUUCAGAAAAGUGAAUUUCAUGAAAAUGCUGUAUAUGUAAUAAGUUCACCUUUGGCAUUGUUCUGUUUCGUAGACCUUGCUGGUGCCAAUGAUGGCUGAGAUCGAUGCACAAAUCUGUUUGUUUGUCUGACCAGUUGGUUUCAUUGGGAUCAGUCUUGUAGUCCAGACUAAGGUGACAUGAGUGAAGUCCUUUAGAGAAAAUGGUGUUACAAUAGAUAGGUCUACCAGUGGACCUUUAGAAAGUGAGAUCCUGAUAGGUUAAACCUACCAGUCAAGACAUGUUUGACAAACGUAUGAUCUUAUGGAAAUCAUUUUCUGCCUCAAGAGUUUAAAAAAGAUCAUUGUGAUUGUUUCUUGUAAU